UGGGUGACGAAACAACCCCGCCAGGCUUCACAGUUCUCGUAUUCGCGAGCCAGUAGCUACGAACCGCGAGCCCAGCAUCUCUUCUAGUUCGCCUAUUUUUAUUUAUAUUAUAUAUACAUCUAUUUAACCGGCAGAGAUGAGGAGGAACGUGGUGUCAGGACUGGUCCUUGCGACGAUUUUUACAGCUGUUCUAGCCCAAGAAUUGCCCGAGUUUAUUCACGUGUGCAAACGGAACGAUCCGAACCUGGGCGAUUGUAUCAAGGCGAGCGUGGAGAACGUUAAACCGCAUUUGGUGCAUGGAGUUCCGGAAUACAGCAUCCCUUCGCUGGAGCCAUUGUUAUUGAAAGAGGUGGUCGCCGCGCCAGGAAACACUAUCAAACUGAGGCUGAGGAAUGUCCACGUUUAUGGAGCCAGUAAUUUCACUGUAGCAAGAAUAAGGGCCAACAUCGACAAAUUGCGUUUCCUCAUCGACUUGGACUUCAGGGCCCUAUCUAUAGAAAGCGACUAUGAUAUCGAUGGAAAGUUGUUGCUUCUGAGGAUCCGUGGAUCGGGACCGAUGUACGGAAACUUCUCUGAUUGCAAAGGAUUCGUGAAGGUCCAGGCUGAAACCACGGACAGGCCGGACGGCAAGCACGGCGUAAAAAUCGUCGAUUUUAAGACGAAGAUCGCGGUUGGAAACGGGAAAUUGAGGCUGGAAAAUCUGUUCGGCGGCGAUCCUGCCCUCGGGGACGCUAUCAAUAUGGCGAUUAAUACGAAUUUCGACGCUUUUAUACAAGAAUUACAACCGACCCUCGAGAGCGCUAUCUCGGACACGUUCCUCUCGAUCACGAACAGCAUACUCACGAAAUUCACAUACGAAUCGCUUUUCCCGCUGUCGUAGGGAUAUAUAUAUAUAAUGUAUAUUAUUAUUAAUUUCUUUGUAAAUCAAUGGGGGAGAGCUUAUGCAGCAAUUGUUGAUUCCACGACGACAUUUUGCACUGUUCGAAGACUUUUUGUACACGUUACGCACGUAGAUUUUCGUAAUUUUAAUGAUAGCAUAAUAGAUCGAGAGUGAAUGGAAGAAUUAUUUUUAACGAUUAAGGCUUUCCGAAUUUUCGCGUCGUGUCAUGAAACUGCAGUGGAAUAGAAAUUUUACAUUCCUACGUAAACACCAGCAAGAUUCGAAUCGAAUCCUGUUUUCUUCUUCGUCGGGGAAACCGGACCAUUACGAUGUCUGAAAAAGUGUUUGUAAAGAUUCAUUGCGAUCGAAUGUAAUAUCGACGAGGAGAUAAAGGAAAUAAACGUUUAUUUGUAGUAA